CAAAAUCUCGAACAAUUGGAAUACACAACAAGCCACCAUGGCCGCCUCGACACUAAAGAACGUUAUUGUAGUUGGCGGGUCCUACGUUGGAAGGGGAGCUGCAGAGGAGCUGGCGCGGGUAGUACCCAGCACGCACAGAGUGCUGUUGAUCGAACCUCACAGCCAUUUCCACCAUCUUUUUGCCUUUCCCCGAUUCGCCGUUCUCCCUGGCCACGAACACAAAGCAUUCAUUCCUUACACCCGCCUCUUCGCCUCCUCCCCCAACUCGACCCAACACGCCGUCGUGCAGGCUCGCGUCCUCUCCGUCCAACCCAAAUAUGUCAAUCUGGAUCGCGCCUGGCAGGGCCAGAGCCAGAUCCCCUACGAGUAUCUCGUCGUCGCGACGGGCACGCGCCUCGCCGAACCCGCCGCGAUGCGUGACGAAGACAAGGUGUCCUCCGUGCAAUACCUGCAGAAGCACCAAGCGGACGUAAAGCAAGCGAGAUCCGUGGUCAUUGUUGGCGGUGGCGCCGUGGGCGUGCAGAUGGCGACCGACAUGAAGGAGCUGUACCCAGAGAAGGAGAUCACGGUGGUGCAGUCGCGUGACCAGCUCAUGCCCCAAUUCCACCGGGGGCUGCACGAGAUCGUCAAGAAGCGCUUCGACGAGCUAGGUAUCAAGUGUGUAGCCCCUUCUAACCUUGCUCUAUUCGCCUCGCCUCCCCUAACCCUCCGCAGAACCAUCACCGGCGCCCGCAUCGUGGUCCCCGAAUCCGGCUUCCCGAACAAUGGCACCCCGUUCACCGUCCAGCUCAACAACGGCACCGAACUCCCCACCGACUUCGUCAUCCUGGCCACCGGCCAGAGGCCCAACAACGACCUGCUCCGCUCCCUGCCCGCCUCGUCGCCGGACUCCCUCAUCAACCCGGCCAACGGCUUCAUCCGCAUCCGCCCGACCCUGCAGUUCCAGGACCCGCAGUACCCGAACCUGUUCGCGGUGGGCGACAUCGCCGACACGGGGCUGCGCAAGGCCGCCCGCCCCGGCGGUCCCCAGGCCGCCGCGGUGGCGCACAACAUCCAGGCGAUGAUCGAGGGGAAGACGCCCGAGGAGGUGUAUCCGCCGUUCCCGAUGGCGAUCCACAUCACGCUUGGCUUGAAAUACAAUAUCGUGUUCCGUAACCCGAACCUCGCGGAGGGCAAGACGGAGCCCGAGAUCAAGGAGUCCUGGGAUUCGAAGGAAGAUAUGGGCGUGGACCGGUGGUGGAAUCGUCUGGGGUUCCAGGAGAGUGCCCCGUCUCAGUACCAUUUGUAAAUUCGGCGGGUAGGGAGGAUAGAGAUUCAUUUUAGUAGUCGUAUAGAGAGGACAUGAUAC